GAUAUUAAAUGAAUAGCAGGCAUAAUUUGUUUUCGUAUUCUUCUUGAAGACAAGUGAAAUAAUGUUCGUCAAAGUCUGAAUUUGUUUAUCUCACAAACAUUGCUUAUUAACAUUAUUGUUUGUAGCAUUUGUAACUGAGUGAGGUUCAUAUAAUUAUUUAAAAUGUUUAUUGUGGGUCUAACUGGAGGGCUUGCAACAGGGAAAAGUACAGUGCUUUCAAUAUUUCGGGAAAAUGGUAUAGCAGUAAUAGAUGCCGAUGACAUUGCCAGAAAAGUUCUAGAACCAGGAACAAAAGCUUGGAAGGAAUUAAAGGAAUAUUUUGGCGAGGAAGUGUUACUAGCUGAUGGAAAAGUGAACAGAGUAAAAUUAGGAGAGCUUGUAUUUGAUGACAUUGAAAAGAGACGUAAACUAAAUGCCAUCACACACCCAAGGAUCCAAAGUGCAAUGAUGAAGAUGGCAAUAUCAUACUUCUUCUCAGGACACAAUUACAUUGUAAUGGAAGUUCCAUUGCUGUUUGAAACUGGAAAAAUGUUAACUUUUAUGCACAAAAUCAUUACUGUUGUAUGUGAAGACCAUCAGCAACUAAAGCGGUUGUGCAAACGAAAUGACUUCUCUUUAGUUGUAGCCAAGAAACGAAUAGACUGCCAAAUGCCAUUGGAGCACAAAGUGGCCAACUCACAUUUUGUUGUUGACAACUCUGGUGAAAUUUCUAACACAAGACAUCAAACGGAAUGCAUCAUACGGACAUUAAAAAGAUCAAAGUUUACUUGGUACUUUAGAUCAAUAAUAUUCAUAACUUUAAUGUCAUUGAUUUUUGGAAUGGCACAUCUCAUGGGUGUUAUCAGUAACUCAAACUAGCAAAAUUUGUAGUUUACUGACACAGGAAAAAGUAUCAUUUUUUUUUUUUCUGUUGCAAUUAUACAGUAUGUUAUUGUACAAUAUUUCAAAUAUGGAUAAUCUUUAACUAAUAACUACUAUCUAUUUGUGUGACAAUAUGAAUAAAUUAAAAUAUACUUACUUGA